AUGCGCUCGUUCUCGCUAGAAAGGUUCAAGAACAAGGUAGCGCGUCGCUCAUCUGAGCCGUCCAUCCUCCAGACUUCAAAGUCCACGGGGUCCGAUCGUCGAAACUCCAUCGCCAACCCCACCAUUGUGAUCUCCGACCCCGAUACGGCGUCCCGCGCCGCCAACUCGCGCCUACGUACUUCAUCGCUCUCGUUAGUGACUCCAAGCAAUCGUUCGCGUCUGAGAAGCGUGUCGAAGAAGCAGGCCAAAGAGCUCAUUCGCCAGGAAACGUCGCUGGUGAUUCUGAAGAAACUUGCCAACGUUUUGAGCGACUUGGGGCUCCAGCUGCCCAUACCGUUAAAGUCUUCUAGUGGCUCAGGGCAACUGAAGCUGAUCAAGUUAUAUGUUGCCAACUCCAACGACUGUAUCUACUUGGCUCCGGCCAGUUCUGCCAGUUUUACCUACGAAGACGUGGAGAACGGCGGCAACGAUAUCCCCGAGGAUUUACUACGGGGCGAUUCUAAUACAAGCACUCAAGGUGGCAGCUCUGGAAUGUUGUGGAUAGACUCGGAGGACCCGACCGAUACCAACUCCUUUGACUCCGGAAGAAUGUCCGACACCGAUAUCGAAGACCGCACGCCGGGACCUCCCGAUGACAGCACCAGGCGGCUUCGAGCCAAGAUGGAAUCAUUCCAUCUGCCGAACUACUUGUGCACGCAAAUCGACUCAGACUCUCCCAUUCCUCAUCUCUUCGCAGUCAUCGUGGACUUGAAGAAAGAGUGUCAGGUGAAGACCGUCAACAUCCUGUUUCUGUCCGGUGUUAGCACGCUAUGGCCCAUAUUGGAGCCACACAACCGCUACAAUCAAAAGGAGCGUUUCAAAAUUGGCUCACUCGAAUGGGUGGUGUCCAUGCACGAUGCUGACUACUAUAUCAGCACCACUAAUUCAAACGACACGAGACACAGAGACUUGACGCCCGAGCACUUAGCCAGACGUACAAGGAAGUACAAGUUGGCUUCUGUGCGCAAUUUGGCAGAAGGAACUGAUGCCACCAAUCAUGACGGAAACCCAGUGUUCGUCAGCCAGCAUCUUCUUAACUCUGAUUUGGAAGUCAAUACUCACUCAAGUGCACCCGAAAGUUUCCCCGCUGGAAUCUAUGUGUUUUUGUUGCCAAUCCUACUUCCACCUCACAUCCCUGCUUCUAUUAACUCCGUCAACGGUUGUUUGAACCACAGGCUAUCUGUUCUGGUGAACAAAAUCAGCGAGAAGUUAAACAGAAAAGUUGUGGUCAACGCGUUAUUCAAUUUGCACAUGGCUAGAACACCUCCUUCCUUGGCGAAUUCCAUUGCAGAUAAGCCCAUCUAUGUCAACAGGGUUUGGAAUGAUGCGCUUCAUUAUGUGAUCACAUUCCCUCGGAAGUACAUUUCUUUGGGUUCCGAGCACACUAUUAAUGUCAAGCUUGUUCCGUUAGUGAAAGAUGUCAUCAUCAAGAGAAUCAAGUUUAAUGUUUUGGAACGUAUAACCUAUGUUUCUCGUGAUCUUUCCAGAGAGUAUGACUAUGACGGCGAGGAUCCCUUUUUGGCAAGGUCUCUGAACAAUAAAAACAGAGAAAGAGUGGUUGCAAUCUGCGAAUUGAAGACAAAACAUAAGGCUUCCUCCACUGCAACUCCAGAGCCAUACAAAGAAGAAGUUAUCAAGUGUCCAGAAAACAAUAUCUUGUAUUCCUGCUAUGAAACUAACAACAACGCAGAUAAGACGGUGAUGGUCGCUUCGCCCUUGGAUAUCAAUAUUGCCUUACCUUUCCUCACCACCCGAUCUGAUAAAGGUAUUAACUUGCCCAGUCAGGAGGAACCCGGAGAUCUUGACUUGAGAAGAACUUUUACCAAUUCUUCAAGACGCAGCUCCACAAAUACCACGAAUAACGUCAGAAAGAAUUCUGCUCAGGGUCCGAUGUGUCCUUCUUCACCAGUCAUAGGCGCUCUUGAAACACAUAUUAGCCAUAUGAACGAAGAACAACUUUUGAACGGUGAACUUAGCGAAGAUGUGUUGGAACUCGAUUCUUCAUUGAUGGCUCCUGAUGAGCAUUCAGGUAUUGAGAACUUAAGCCAGGGAUACACCACCACGGCCAGGGCGCUUGCACCAGACUCUAACUUCCGUCACAUCCAGAUUUCGCACCGACUUCAGGUUUGUUUUCGUAUCUCGAAGCCAGACCCUGCUGAUAACUUCAGAAUGCACCACUAUGAGGUUGUGGUGGAUACUCCACUUAUUUUGUUGAGUGCUAAAUGCAAUGAUGAAUCCAUCCAAUUGCCACACUACGACGAGAUUGAUGUCCAGACGCCACCACCACAGUCUAGACGGGAAAUAAGUUUCAGAAUGCCUACCUACAAUAAUAGUGGAGUUUCUAUUAAACCUUUAGGUGAAUUUGGAGACGAUCAGCUCCCCUCCUUCGAAGAAGCUAUCUCCGCUUCCGCAUCUCCAAUCAUGAGAUCGAUCUCCUUGGUCGAAGAUCAAAUCAGCAGAAUGAAUUCAUUAACACCAUCGGAUCCUACACCAGCUUACGAACGCAAUCCAAAUGUUGCGGAUGAGGUCAUACCUCCAUUGAGUAUUGACGACUUGGUGAUCGACCCUAAGAAAGUCACUAACCCGAGACGCCAGUCCGCCAUCAAAUCCUCUUUGCUGAAUUCAUUUGCACCAAACGUGAAUCCUUUACAAAGAGAUAACGCUACGAUCAGCACAGCUUCUUCCUCAAAAAGUACGACAUCCUCCGGAAUUUCUACGGGAACCGCAGGAACCGGAGACAAAUCGUACUCGGAUGCCUCACCUUCUAUUCCUAGCCUGGCUUCCAUAGUCAGCGAUUUGGACUCUACCUCCAAUGCAACUUCGGCGAUGAGCACUCUGGAUAGUAGCUCCGAAGCACCUGAACUUCACACUCCUACGGUCGGACAAUCACUAGCUGACUGCAUGGCUGAAGAGCAGGAACAGGAAUCUGAUACGGAGCAGGCUCCUAGCAGAUUGGUAGAUGAUUCAGAGAGUAUUAUCACUCAGGAAUCGCAGUUUGUUCAAAAGCUUCCUUUACUUCAAAAUAUCAGCCAGGACAAUGUCCAGAAUGAAACAUGCUAUGCUAACACGACCAAUGAAAACUUGACCAAGUUACUGACAGACACCCUCAAUGAUGAGGUUCAGUCUCCAAGCACGUUUCAUGCAUACUGA